GGAGCGGGGCCGCGGGAGGAGGGGAGGCGCCGGGGGCGCGCGCGCGCGCUGGGCGCUGCUGGGCUGCGGCGGCGGCGGCGGCGGUUACUAUGGCGGAGUCGGCCAGAGCCUCCUCCUUCUUCCCCCUUGUCGUCCUCCUGCUCGCUGGCAGCGGCGGGUCCGGGCCCCGGGGGAUCCAGGCUCUGCAGUGUGCGUGCACCAGCUGCCUACAGGCCAACUACACGUGUGAAACAGAUGGGGCCUGCAUGGUUUCCAUUUUCAACCUGGAUGGGAUGGAGCACCAUGUGCGCACCUGCAUCCCCAAAGUGGAACUGGUCCCCGCCGGGAAGCCUUUCUACUGCCUGAGCUCAGAGGAUCUGCGCAACACCCACUGCUGCUAUACUGACUUCUGCAACAAGAUCGACCUGAGGGUGCCCAGUGGUCACCUCAAGGAGCCUGAGCACUCUUCCAUGUGGGGCCCCGUGGAGCUGGUAGGCAUUAUUGCAGGCCCGGUGUUCCUCCUGUUUCUCAUCAUCAUCAUUGUUUUCCUUGUCAUUAACUAUCAUCAGCGUGUCUAUCACAACCGCCAGAGACUGGACAUGGAAGAUCCCUCAUGUGAGAUGUGUCUCUCCAAAGACAAGACGCUGCAGGAUCUUGUCUACGAUCUCUCCACCUCGGGGUCUGGCUCAGGGUUACCUCUUUUUGUCCAGCGCACUGUGGCCCGAACCAUCGUUUUACAGGAGAUUAUCGGCAAGGGUCGGUUUGGGGAAGUGUGGCGUGGCCGCUGGAGGGGUGGUGAUGUGGCUGUGAAAAUUUUCUCCUCUCGAGAAGAGCGGUCUUGGUUCCGGGAAGCGGAGAUAUACCAGACAGUCAUGCUGCGCCACGAGAACAUCCUUGGAUUCAUCGCCGCGGACAACAAAGAUAAUGGCACCUGGACACAACUGUGGCUUGUCUCUGACUAUCACGAGCACGGCUCCCUGUUUGAUUAUCUGAACCGGUACACAGUGACAAUCGAGGGCAUGAUCAAGCUGGCCUUGUCUGCUGCCAGUGGGCUGGCGCACCUGCACAUGGAGAUCGUGGGCACGCAAGGGAAGCCUGGAAUUGCUCAUCGAGACUUAAAAUCAAAGAACAUCCUGGUGAAGAAGAAUGGCAUGUGUGCCAUCGCAGACCUGGGCCUGGCCGUCCGUCAUGAUGCAGUCACCGACACCAUCGACAUUGCCCCAAAUCAGAGGGUGGGGACCAAACGAUACAUGGCCCCUGAAGUACUUGAUGAAACCAUUAACAUGAAACACUUUGACUCCUUUAAAUGUGCUGAUAUCUAUGCCCUUGGGCUGGUAUAUUGGGAGAUUGCUCGAAGAUGCAAUUCUGGAGGAGUCCAUGAAGAAUAUCAGCUGCCAUAUUAUGACUUAGUGCCCUCUGACCCUUCCAUUGAAGAAAUGCGAAAGGUCGUAUGUGACCAGAAGCUACGUCCCAACAUCCCCAAUUGGUGGCAGAGUUAUGAGGCGUUACGGGUGAUGGGGAAGAUGAUGCGAGAGUGUUGGUAUGCCAAUGGGGCAGCCCGCCUGACCGCUCUGCGCAUCAAGAAGACCCUCUCACAGCUCAGCGUGCAAGAAGAUGUGAAGAUCUAACUCUGCUCCCUCCCUCAUGUACACCUCUGGGCAGCGAGAACUACAUACAGCUGCCACAGUGAGCGUCCGAUGGAGGCCUACCUCUCGUUUCUGCCCAGCCCUCCGUGGCCAGGAGCCCUGGCCCGCAAGAGGGAUAGAGCCCGGGAGACUCGCUCACUCCCAUGUUGGGUUUGAGACACAGACAUCUUUUCUAUUUACCUCCUAAAGGCAUGGAGACUCUGAGAGCGAAUUGUGUGGAGAACUCAAUGCCACAACUCAAACUGGUUGUAGUGGGAAGUCCUGCGAAACCCGGUGCAUCUGGCGUAUACAGCCAGGAGUGGUGAAAGGGGUGGCCUGGGAGGGGCCAGAGGAGCCGAGUCGUUGCCAGUACUAAGCCGCGCUGAGGGUUUUCCUCCACGGACCCACCCACAGCACACCGCGGUGGCCCAGAGGAACUGGAGCGCAGCCCCUCUCACAGGCAGCUCCGAGCCACGCGCUCCCCCCUCCCUCGUGUGGACAUGUGGAGGGACUGCCAGUGGGGACAGAAUCUGCCGCCUGUCUGUCCAGUGUGUGCAUGUGCCGAGGUGCGUCCCCCGUUGUGCCUGGUCCGUGCCACGCCCUUACACGUGUGUGUGUAUGUGUGUGUCUGUAGGUGCGCACUUACCUGCUUGAGCUUUCCGUGCAUGUGCAGGUCGGGGGUGUGGUCGUCAUGCUGUCUGUGCGUGCUGGUGCCUCUGUUCAAUAGUGAGAGCAUCUAGUGUCCCUGGUGCCCUUCCCAGGAGGUCUCUCCCUCCCUCUCCUCCCGUCCCCCUGGAGCCCCUCAUGCCUCAGUGGUACUCUGUGUCCAGCAGGUUGCUCUGCUCACCCCAGUGUCGACACAGCUCUCCUCCUCCAUUUCAGACUGUGGAACCAAAGCUGGCCUAGCUGUCCAUGGCAGAAGAGGCUUUUGGGUCAAAAUAUGAGGGUGGGGUUGGGGUGGGCAGGGAGGAAUCUUGACAGAAGUCUUGGCUGUGGUCAGUGUGAGCCACGGGAAUGAGCCAGCCCAAGGGUGUCAUGCUCAGCACCAUGGAGGAAGGGCCAGGAAUGUGAAGCCAGGUCUUGGGACUCAGAUUGGAAUGUCACAUCUGUCUUUCACAUCCCAGAUUCUGGAAACAGCAGUGUAUAUUUUUGGUGGUGGGUUUGGGGUGGGGCAGGGAAGGGGGUGGGAGGCGUGGGGAGGGGUCUGGGAGGGAGGGGGCAUCUGCAUGGGUCUUUUACUGGAUUACCUGACAGGUGGAGGGAAGAGGAGAGAUCCCUAUCUACUUCAGGGGCCCUACUAAAGGGAGCAGCCUUCUCAGAACGUGUCAUUUAACUGAGUGUCAUAUUUAAUGAAGUCUAGAAGCAUGGCUGUGGGUGGUGAUUUGGUCAGCAUAUCUUAGGAAUAUAAUAACUUUGAAGCCAUAACUUUUAACUGGAGUGGUUUGAUUUCUUUUUUUAAUUUUAUUGGGAGGGUUUGGAUUUUAACUUUUUUUUAGUAUUAAGUUUUUGUAAAAGGAAAACCAUCUCUAUGUGAUGAUUACCUCUCAAUCUAUUUGUUUUUAAAGAAAUCCCUAAAAAAAAAAAAAAAAAAACCAAAAAAAUCCUCUAAUCAAGCGCACAUAGCUCAGUCACACUGGAAAUGUUUGUCCUUGCUCCUGAGCCCUCCCUACUCAGCAGUGAGGUUUCCUUUUUGUCCUGGGAGCUCUGUCUCUUGGGCAUUCUGCCUCCACCCCCAUUCCCUGAGUGGCUCUUGCUCCAGGGCCCUAGCCUUUUGUGCAUUGUCCAGCUGGUUGCAGCCUUUCCAGGCAUUUAUUCAACAACUGUGUGUUGAGUGCCUGCUGGGUGCCAGGCACUGCGCCAGGCGCUGGGAAUACCGCCUGGAACAGGAUGGGCUUGGAUCCUCCUCCCAGAGCACUGAAGAGGGAACUGAUUCAAGUAAGUGGGUGCCUGUUUUGAGACCAGAAAGUUUCAUAAUUGGUACUAAGACCCUUUUGAGCCUGGAUUUACUGUUCUUAUAUAAGAUCACUGAAGAAAGAGGAACCCUUGCCACCUACCGCAAAGAAACCAGUGGUGGGCAAUGAGGCCUGGGGUAUAGAACUCCAGGUGAGACCCAAAAUCACUGCAUUCAUUCUGAGCCCCCUUCCUGCCCCCAGGGAGGUGCAUCAUGUGUGCAGCCUUAGAGCGUCUCUGCCUCCAGCCCAGCGGUUCUCUGCCAAAGCCCAUGGAGGAGGGAGAGCCCCUCUCCUGCCUCAGUCUCCCCAGUGCUCCUGCCUCUUCUAUUUAUUUGCCUGAUGUAUUGCUUCUUUCCUUGCAUUAAAGGAGAUCUUCCUCUAACACUUUGGGCCAAUUUACUGGCCACCGACUAACUUUCCUUCAAUACCAAUUGUGUCAUUAGGGGGCCCUUCUCCCCCCCCCCCCCCCCUCCUUGCUGACCUCCCACCUGUCCGCCCUGCAGCAGAGCCUUGGUGGGUUACAGGUGAUGACGGAACUUAGACUCCUCCGCCUGGAGUCAAAACUAGCCUCUGGGAUCUGCCAACACACGUCCACCCAGCCACUCCCAAGCCACUAGCCUGCUCCCCAGGUGGCCCUUCUGCCCUCACCACACAGGUAGUCCAGCUCUCCACCUCUGGGGAAGAUGGAGCAGGUUUGGGGGAAGCUCCUACACCCACCCUUGCCACUCUUGACGCCAAGCAAGAGUUGGGGAGAAACUCAAGCCGUGGUUUUGGCCCUUGAGGCUAACCCUGAUCCAUAGGGCUACCUGCACCUCUGGAUUCUGGAUUCACAGACCAAGUCCAAGCCCGUUCUUAUGUCGCCACUAAGGCCCCCGAACGGCGUUCUCGGUACUUCUGUUUGUUUUUGUACAUUUUAUUAGAAAGAACUGUAAAAUAGCCACUUAGACACUUUACCUCUUCAGUAUGCAAAUGUAAAUAAAUUGUAAUAUAGGAAAUCUUUUGUUUUAAUAUAAGAAUGAGCCUGUCCAAUUUCUGCUGUACAUUAUUAAAAGUUUUAUUCACAGAG